AUGCAAGCCGAUUGCCAACAGCUGAGGCCUAUAACUGGUUUAGGCCUAAAGGGGAACGAAAACUCUGGCAACGGUUCAUUUGGAAGGAUUUCAUCCCUCCAAAUAUAUUCGUUAACGACCUGGCAAGCGCUAAGGAACCGACUACCGACAAGGGACAGGCUCGGUUAUGCUGACAUUGACCAAAGAUGUCCACUUUGCAACACAGGAACCGAAUCAGUGGACCACCUCUUCUUCAAGUGUACCAAGACAAGAGAAGUUUGGCGUGUGAUCAAGACAUGGGUUGGCAUGAGGAGGCCAAUCACAACCAUACCGAGCGCGAUCAAGUGGUUCCUUAAGGAGCGCAAUGGUGUAACGGUGAUCCGGAAGGCAAGGAGCCUGGCCCUUAUUGCCGCGAUCAGCUUAAUGUGGAGAGCUAGGAACGCCGUAAUUUUUGAUGGAGUUACCUUUGAGCCGAAGCACCUGAUCUUCCAGAUUAAGAAAAUCACUUACGCUACACUCUACACCAUGUUCCCGCACGAGACGGUCCAGGAGCACCUUGGAGUUUAG